GAUGAUCUCUGGAAGGGAAGGUGGGGGGGCCAACGGCUAACUGAGAAUUUCCCUCCACACAUUCUCCGGGCCUUAUCUUUCGGUGUCCAGUCCCUCCCAAACCCACCAGAAUGCAGUCAUCACAUCAGUCGAAGCCCAGCCACCAUCUAACCCCUUUUCCCGCCUCAAAUCACCAAAUCCAGUACUACUACUUACUAAUACUCUUUUCUUCCACACCACCACCACUACCUCCUCUCCUCCUCCACUCUUUCAUCGUCGUUGUCGUUAGAGAUGGUUACCGCAUUAGGCUUUACUCUCACUUCUCCUCGGCUCUUCUUUACCCAGCUCCGUCGACCCUUCGUUUCCUCUCCGCGAGAUCACUUUUCUCAGUUCACAGCGCAUCAUAGGUCGUCGAUUCCAUUUACCAGCUUUCGGUUGUCGCCUCGUCACCGGCUUUUCAUACUUCCUCCUAAGGCCGCUGAUCAGCAAGGCCAGGCCACAGAAGAUGAGGUUGUUGACAGUAAAAUUUUGCCAUACUGUAGCAUAGACAAAAAAGAAAAGAAGACAUUGGGGGAAAUGGAACAAGACUUUCUUCAAGCACUGCAAUCAUUCUAUUACGAGGGAAAAGCUACCAUGUCAAAUGAGGAAUUUGAUAAUCUCAAGGAAGAACUAAUGUGGGAAGGAAGCAGCGUUGUCAUGCUGAGUUCAGAUGAGCAGAAGUUUUUGGAAGCUUCAAUGGCUUAUGUUUCUGGAAAACCAAUUAUGACAGAUGAAGAAUUUGACAAAUUAAAGCUGAAACUUAAGAUAGAAGGGAGUCAAAUCGUAGUUGAGGGUCCACGUUGCAGUCUCCGUAGUAGAAAGGUGUACAGUGACCUUUCUGUUGACUAUUUCAAGAUGUUCCUGUUGAAUGUCCCAGCUGCUGUUGUUGCUUUAACAUUGUUUUUUUUCCUCGAUGAUAUAACUGGAUUUGAGAUCACAUAUCUUUUGGAGCUUCCAGAGCCAUUUAGUUUCAUUUUCACAUGGUUUGCAGCAUUGCCCCUCAUAUUUUGGGUAGCCCAAUCAAUCACAAAUGCCAUCGUGAAAGACUUCUUGAUUUUAAAGGGCCCCUGUCCGAACUGUGGUACAGAAAAUGUUUCCUUCUUUGGGACUAUUCUAUCAGUAUCUAGUGGUGGCACUACCAAUAGUGUUAAGUGCUCAAAGUAA